AUGGCGGCGCAGCGAUUUCCACUGCCGGAGGUGGAAAGGUUGAGCGGAUCGGUUAUUAGGUUGCUUGCAGGGAAUCCCGGGAAGCGAGUACGGGCGCAAUCCAACAAUGGCUCAGAAACCACGAUAUGGCACUGUAUAACUAGCGAUUGCAAUUACGCUAACCAAAUCUCAUUGUUCCUGCUCCAGUACACAUUGCAAGACACAGGCGAAGGCCGACCCAGCUGGUCCGCUGUGCUCAGAGAGCUCCUAGCUGCCGAGAAGGCUACGGUCAAGCAUGCGCUUUUGACACACUGGCAUCGCGACCAUGUCGGCGGCGUCGCGGAUUUAUUGAAGAUGUGCCCGGAGGCGCAAGUGUAUAAGCAUGAUGGCCGAGAGGGUCAGUUGACUAUUGAAGAUGGACAGAUUUUCCAGGUGCAAGGCGCCACGCUGAGAGCUAUACAUACGCCUGGCCAUACGACUGACCAUGUUUCCUUUUUGUUGGAGGACGAGAAUGCGUUGUUUACCGGUGAUAACGUGCUUGGCCAUGGAACGGCAGUUUUCGAAAACCUUGUCCUGUACCUGUCCACACUGGAAAAGAUGCGUAACCUUGGUGCUGGCAGAGGAUAUCCGGGGCAUGGCGCCGUGAUCGAAGACUGUGAAGCCAAGAUUACGGAAUACAUUGACCAUCGCCGCCAGAGGGAGGAAGAAGUAUUUCGAGUGUUGAACUUUGGAGGUUUGGGUAAUGGCAAUGUCAGGGCCGCGACAGCAGCGCAAGGUAAACCUCGGGCGUUGUCGCCUGCCGACUUGGUAGCAGUUAUUUAUCCUGAUCUCGCGGAGGAACUACGCUUGUCGGCUUCGCAUGGGGUACUCCAGGUGCUGCUAAAGCUCGAGGGUGAAGGCAAGGUAAUCCGCGAUGGAGAGUCGGAGAAAUGGAUGGUUAGGGGCGGGAAGGCGGCAUUAUGA